UACCCGCACACAUACCCGCACACACACACACGUGCGCAUACGAGCCAUGGCCAUGGACAUGCGGACGAUGUCCAUCGAGCUGGCUGAUGAGGUGUCGCCGCUGUCAGUGUCGGCGAUGCGGGAGCUCGCCAUCUCUGUACGAACACUCCAGCGACGCAGCAGUGCGCGCGCGCAGCAGGGCAGUUUGGAGCGGUUGGCAUCUGUUGCGUCAAGCGGUGACAACCCCACGAGCAACAGCACCAUGCUCCGUUCCAUGGCGCUGUUGGCUGAGCCGUUGGACGUGCGCGCGCAAAGCUCCAACUCCCACGAGAAUCUGAGUGUGGUCCCAUCAAGGGAGGCCAGCCCGAAGCCGCGCCGCCGCUCUGCGCCCGUUGUUCCAAUCACAUCCUGGCUGGCACCCGCCGUUUCAGAGCACCCCGGGAAGUCUCCGUCGCCUGAUCUGCCAGGCGCACUCGCACGUCUGAUUCGAGCUGGCAAGGCGGCAAAGACACGGGAGGAGCUUGAGCUUGCGGUGGACAAACUGCGACGAGCACUGGACCGCAUGCAGCACUCCAAAGGGGGGCCCGCCAAGCGCAACAUCUUGAUCAACCUCGGCCUUUGCCUUGAGCGAAUGGGCAACCACAAGGAUGCCCUCGAGUGCUACAACCAAAGCCUGGACAUCCUGCCUGAGGAAGAUCGGCAGACGAAAGCCAUCAUCCACCAGCACAUGGGCCUCAUCCACGAAGCACAAAAGUGCUGGAGCGAAGCAGAGAACUGCUACCUCGCGGCGCUUGAGAUGUAUGAGAUGCUUGAGAACCCGCAAGGGUGCGCCACAUGCAAGUUCAACCUCGGCUGCCUCGCCGUGAACCAGGAGAAAGUCGGUGACGGUAUGCUCUACCUUGAGGAUGCCCUCGCACACAGGCAGUUCCUCUCCCCAUCAGAGGUGCAUCUUGCCGCGACCUACCUCGCCAACCUCCAUCUCCAACAGAAGCGUUUCACAGACGCAGAAUCACUUGCGGCCCUCGAAGUGUCCAGUCUCCCAUACGAGAAUGAUCGCAUGACCCACGUGGAAGCCGUGCACCACCUCGCGCUCGUUCUCAUCGCGCAGCAGCGCACCACAGAUGCUGUCGCUCGUUUCGACGCUCUACUAGACAAGAUAAGGGCAGACCUGAAGGUGCUGCGCCCCCUCGUGCACCAAUAUGACGAGGCAGGUCGCGAGCGCGGUGGCUCCGCCUCUGUCAGCCCCUGCCGUGCCACUGAGUCCGCCGGUGGGGUGCUGGCUGUCCGGGAGUUGGCAGAGGCAGAGCAGGCAUAUCUACGGGCGCUGGAUGAUGGCUCUGUCGUCUGCAGUGCUGCACAGCAGUGGCACAAGGCCAUCCAGUACACACAGCAAUCACUACCGCUGCUGCAGAAUGACGGUGACGCGCACGUGAAAGCACUGCGACGCCUGGGUCUCCUCCAUAUCUGCUGUGACGAUUUCAAGACGGCAUUGAAAUACUUUAUACAAGAACGCGAACACCGUAUGAGACGGAAGGAGGAGGUUGAAUACGCACGUGCAUCGUACUACGCAGGGCAUUGUAUGGUUCACAAGGGGCGAAAUGAGUCAGCACGCGACAUGUUACAAGAAGCCCUCGUCAUCUGCAGAAGAACAGGCCUGCACUUACUUGAGAUCACAGUGCUACAUGAGCUGGCGAAGGCGUUCUGCAACAUGAACAAACCGGCGGAGGCCAUGUCAUUUCUUGACGAGGCCUCAGCGAUUGCGGGACGAAAAGGCCAUCGCCGCGAAAAGGCAAAGACACUGCUGGCCAAAGCAGAAGUGCACAUGCUCUGCAGUCGACACCUCAACGCUAUCGAGACUCUGGAGGUGGCACUCGUGCUGUGCGAGAACAACAACCUCCACGAUCUCGCAGCAGAAACGCUCAUGCACAUGGCGCAGGUGCAUCAGGGGAUGGGCAAUGUUGACGAAGCCAUCACAGUGCUGCAGAAGAGUGUGCACCUCAGCCUGGAGGAUUCACGCUCCUCGUCAUCGUUCGUGCUGUCGGGACUUGCACUGCUGGGUGAGCUACAACUCACCAAGUGCCGUCCUUCCGAGGCACUCUCCUGCUUCCGCAGAGCAAUCGAGUUGUCAAAGACAAAACCGACCCCGACGUCUGUGACGUUUCGACUGCAGUUUGGAGCUGCUCGUGCAUUACAGCAUUUGGGGCAAUUUAUUGAAGCGACACAAGUGUAUGAGCAAGCACUGGCAACAGCACGCAUGCCAGGAUGUGUUGGUGGAAAGCUGUUCCCCGUGUAUGUGAAUCUUGCAACGUGUCAGCUGGAGGCACGACACUGGGACACUGCCCUUGUCACGCUCACCGCCAUUGAUUCCGCAGAGGUGCGUGUGCCUGCUGGGGAGGAGUGGUACGUCGCGUUUUUGCGCGGGCAAGUUCGGUUUGCUCUGAUGCAAUUUGAUAUUGCACGACAAUUCUUCCAGGACGCCAUCAGUAUGCUGGAAAGGGAGGGGUCGACGGGCACCGUGCACGACAAGGCAGCGGCACACAUGGCGCUGUCACGCUGUGUUGGACACGCUGGUGAUGAGGACGCACGGCAGCACCACGAGAUGCUGGCGAACGCGCUCCUUGCAUCGCAGAUACAGACUCGGUAGCACCACACCAGAGAGGGAAUGGCAACCGUGGCGUUGGUGUUGGUGUUGGUGUUGGUGGUGUCGGCUGCGUGGGGAAAGUGACAAGAUGUGACACGUGCCACGGUGUGCUUUGUUCACAAGCAAGUUGUCAGGGGCGAACUGAGGAAUAAACGCGUUUGAAAGCAGGCGUGCAUCAACAAUGUGCACGUGCGUUGGCGUGCGACAUCUAUCACAUAGUCACAUCAUUUCAUGCACGAUGUAAGUCUGAGCAUUUACAACUACAUGUGCCUUUCUCAGCAAGCCGCUGCACAACAGCCCUCCUGUGCUCUCUUUGAAGACGUGUGAUGAUGCAACUACACGAUACAAUCAUGGCGCUUUGGUAGUGCGUGGACGACAACACUGGCGUGUACUGAGCGGUGUAUGCGAGUAAACAGCUCCAAGC